CCCACCCGACCUACCCUGCACCUCCCAACCCACCUACCCUGCACCUCCCACCCGACCUACCCUGCACCUCCCACCCGACCUACCCUGCACCUCCCACCCGACCUACCCUGCACCUCCCAACCCACCUACCCUGCACCUCCCACCCGACCUACCCUGCACCUCCCACCCGACCUACCCUGCACCUCCCACCCGACCUACCCUGCACCUCCCACCCGACCUACCCUGCACCUCCCAACCCACCUACCCUGCACCUCCCACCCGACCUACCCUGCACCUCCCAACCCACCUACCCUGCACCUCCCACCCGACCUACCCUGCACCUCCCAACCCACCUACCCUGCACCUCCCACCCGACCUACCCUGCACCUCCCAACCCACCUACCCUGCACCUCCCACCCGACCUACCCUGCACCUCCCAACCCACCUACCCUGCACCUCCCACCCGACCUACCCUGCACCUCCCAACCCACCUACCCUGCACCUCCCACCCGACCUACCCUGCACCUCCCAACCCACCUACCCUGCACCUCCCAACCCACCUACCCUGCACCUCCCCUACUAAGUGUCUCCCACCCGACCUACCCUGCACCUCCCACCCGACCUACCCUGCACCUCCCACCCGACCUACCCUGCACCUCCCAACCCACCUACCCUGCACCUCCCACCCGACCUACCCUGCACCUCCCAACCCACCUACCCUGCACCUCCCACCCGACCUACCCUGCACCUCCCCUACUAAGUGUCUCCCACCCGACCUACCCUGCACCUCCCACCCGACAUACCCAAGUCUCCUCGCUCGCCUCCGUCGGCGCGUCAUGCCUAUGUCUCUGCUCCUGCGUAUGGCCCCCCUCUGUCCCGGCCGACCUACCCUGCACCGGCCUCCUGCCGACCGCUGUCGCACUCCCCUGUAAGGCCCCCCUGCGCUCGGCGCCGGCGGGCUCUCGCUGGGAAAUCUAG